AUGAUAGAGGAAUAUUUGGUUCUAGUACUUUCUACGGUUUUAUUGCGCGUUGAAGGGUUACAAGUUGUGGAACUCCUCGAUGAGUCUGUGGACAAGGUUUUCGAUAGAGAUCAGAGUGACAGAGAAUUUAAACAUAGAGGUAGCGAGGAGGAUAUCAAGACGUUCCUAGAAGAGAGGUACAAGUUUAAAAACGAUAAUACCUCUACAAGAUUCAGAAUAACCUUCGACGAUCGCUUAGAUCCUAUCUUUCCAGAAUCGGACAGUGAUAGGCACUUAGCAUGGGCCUUUCGCACGUAUGCAGUCCGUCGCAUCGUCGGCGGCAUGGAAACUAGCAUAUGCAUGUAUCCAUAUAAUGUUGCUAUAUCCAGGAAUGGAAAGCAUUGGUGCGGUGGGUCUAUAAUAGAUGAACAGUGGGUUCUGACGGCGGGGCAUUGUAUGGAAGCAGCUCAUGAUGGUGAUAAGAAGAAAUUGCAGCCGUUUAUUGUACGUGCUGGGAGUUCUUUCCACAACAGAGGUGGAUACCAAGCGAGAGUGAAUAAGGUAUUUUUCCCGAAAGACUAUUCACCUGGCAACGCGGACUUCGACUACAGCUUGCUUCGGCUCGACAGGCCGAUGCCGAUCGGGAGAAAUAUAGCUGUUCUGAAUCUACCCUCAAAAGAUUACAUUAUUAAAACCGACGACAUCCUCAUUGUUACCGGCUGGGGAAGUACUGAUGAAUCUGGUUACGGCCACAUACCGGAACGGCUUCGCUUCGUGCCUGUUCCAGUCAUGAAGAUAGAAGAGUGUCAGAAGGCCUAUCGCUUCUAUAUUACGCCUAGGAUGAUUUGCGCUGGCUAUGCAACUGGUGGAAAAGACGCUUGCAAUCACGAUUCUGGUGGUCCGGCGGUGCGUGACGGUGUUCUCCUGGGGAUAGUAUCGUUUGGGGGUAAACAGUGUGGUGACCCACACUCACCAGGUGUUUACAGCAGAGUAACUCAAAUUACUGAGUGGGUUGAGAAAACAGUGACUUCAAACGAAGCCCACACGGUGCCAGAGCUAAAGGCGAAAAUCGAAAAAGCGAGACAAAGAGAGAAAGAGCUGCAGAAAUUUAAAGCCCGAGUUGAAGACAAAAAGAACAAAAUCAAGAACUGGUUACGAGAAACUCUACAUUCACCCACUUUCUUAGAGCUAGCUAAGAAAAAACUUCGAGAAGCAGGAUUCAACGUGCGAAAAAACUUCCGACGAACGGAAAGAGAGACUGUUUUGGACGAGAAAACAAUGGACGAAAUAAACUUGUCGAAUCUUAUAAACGAACGGAUAUUGGAGAGUGACACAAAAAAUGAGGCAGAGGUUUUGUUGAGUACCUUGGCUCUCAAAGAAGUGAUUCUCGAUAAUGGUGCUUCUGAUCACGAUAAUAUGGGGAGCGAAGAAGCGAUUGAAACCUUAGUCGCAUUUAUAAAUAAAUAA